AUGAGCGCCUGUUUUGGAGGCGCGGACGGGUCGACGGCGGGAGUUUGGUGCGACAGGCAGAAGCGGAGACGGCUGUUUCUCCCCCCCGCCGCGGAAGAGGCAGCGAGCAUGGCGACACGCGCGAGUGCGGACGCUUUUUCAGAGGAGCGGGGGCCUCUGGGCGCAUUUGCGGAGGAGCGCGUGCUUGUGGGCGCAUGCUUUGCUGGUGAUUUGCGCGCGGGGAUGCGAGUUGCUGCGGAUGGCGGAGGAAGAUGGCGGAAACGGCGUCUGGAGGAGGGGGACGCGAGUGUGGGGACCGCGGGAGAGGGGGAAGCGGAAGUGAGCGCGGGAGAGGGGGGAGCGGAGGAAGCGGGAGCGGCCGGAGAGGUUUGGGCGAGGGCCAAACGGGUAAGGCACGGAGGAGUACAGGGGCAGUGGAGGGACGGGACGGGAGGCAGGCAGGGAGAGGGAGAGGAGGAUGAGGAAGAUGAGGAGGGGGAUGAGGAGGAUGAAGAGGGAGGGGAAGGGGAGGAGGAAGAUGGGGAAGGGGAGGUUGAUGAUGAGGGUGAUGGAGUGGGAAGGGAAAUUGGCGCAGAGGAUGCGGAGGAAGCGGAAGAAGACAAGCAAGGAAAGAGAUUGGAUAGAGACGGAUGUGCUUGCAAGAGGAUUUGCAAGGAAUCUAAGUGUGAGGGCGAUGGAGUGGAAGAAAAUGGGGCGUUGAGUAGUCAAUGGGAGCAACAAGGCGGGUUGAUUCAACAGGAUGGAGAGGAGGAGGAAGAGGAGGAGGAAGAGGAGGAGGAAGAGGAGGAGGAAGAGGAUGAAGAUGAGGAAGAUUAUGACGAGGAUGAGGAUGGAGAUGAGAAUGAUGGUGACUGUAGCAGUGACUAUGAUGAGAGCUGGUGGGAGGAAUGCGAGAGUGAUGUGGAGGGAGGCGAGGAGGCGAACAGCAGGUUGGGCGAGGAAAGAUUGGUGGAUGGAUUGAGAGAAAGUUUCCAGAAGCUGGAAACGGAGUGUAGAUUGGCGCGGAAGAAUUAUGACGGGUUGCGAUCUGCUUGUAAGCAGCUUCAGGAGCAGAACAGCUUCUUCCGAUCUAAGAUUGAAACCCUUCAAGUGCUCCGUGGGGGAUUUCAGACUAAGCAAGGUUCCUUGUAA